AUGACACGAUCGACAUCGGAGGAUGUGGGUUCGAUUCCAUGGAUGACCUCGGUGUUGGCAAAGUUGCGGAAGCAUAUGGAUGCAGCGCCGUUUCUGAAGCCCGUAGAUUGGAAGCGUAUGGGCUUGGACGACUACCCCGACAUCAUUAAGCAGCCAAUGGAUCUCCAGACGGUGGGCCGUCGAGUACGGGACGGCUUUUAUGCAGAAUCGCCCCAGGGUUUCCGAAAGGACCUGCUGCUGAUUUGGGGCAACUGCAGGACUUAUAACGGUGAGACCAGCGACAUAGCGGGCAUGGCAGACCGCAUGCAAGAGUACACUGAGCAACUGCUUGGCUCGGCGGUCGGCGGUUCGGCAAUGUCGGCUGCCCGUACGGAGAUCAAGGGAGAAGAAGAGGAACCCAAGAGCAAGAGACGACGGCGAUCCGAAGGGUCGGAAACCCCACAACCGGGUGCCAAAAGGGGUCGGCCGCCUCUCAAAAAACGUGAAAACAAUGACCCGCCUUCAGCCGCAGGUCAGUCUGCAGGUAUGCAACAACUACCCAACGGAGCGGCGGCGAAUGGCACGCAACAAGUUAGUGGAACACAACAGGUUGGUGGAACGCAACAGGUUGGUGGAACACAACAGGUUACUGGAACGCAACAGGUUAGUGGAACGCAACAGGUUAGUGGAACGCAACAGGUUAGUGGAACACAACAACUCAGUGGAAUUCAACUCAAUAAUGGGACCCAGGAGACGGCGGCCCGAGCCGUGGACGGUGAUGUGGCCCUUGCUGGUAGCAGCCUGAGUGUCAGCGGCGGCCUCAGUGCUGCAGGCAAGCAGACUCCCACAUCAAACGUUGUUUCCAACGGGAUGUCGGGUGGAAUAUCCAACACGGUCGGCCAGAUGUCAGCCAGAUCCAAUGUAAGUCUUAUCAACGGACUGGAACCGGGUGCUAGCUUAGAGUCAUUGGAUAGUUUGCCGGUAGCCAGGCAACAUCUUCUGCAAAAGUUUGCGGAAAGAUUGGUAAGGCUCAAUCCAACCAAUAUGUGGUCCGUCUUAAAUCUAUUAAUGAAGGACAAAGAUGACAGCAGCACUGUGAACCGACUAUCUCGGAACGAAGUGGAGGUCAACGUGGCCGCUCUGGACGACAAUGAACUACAAAUGCUCACAAGGUAA